AUGGCCAAGGUGAAUAUCCUCCUCACACUGUUCAACCUCAUCCCCUCCAUCCUAGCAAUAUGCUUGACCCAGUCCCCUUUCUACCCACCUCCAUCUUACAACAGUCAGUCCUCUGAGGUAUGGGAAGCCCUCGGCUUAUGGGACAAAAUAUCACUCCGGUCCCUGGCAAGCCAGCUCUCUGGCCUCCCCCGCGACUGGGUCAAGGAUGAUGUCCUCACGGACCCUGACAGCGUUGACAUAACUAUAAAAUGCGAUCCUCACCACAGCCAUAUGCCCUGCACUGCACAGGACUUACUUGACAAUCUAACAAGGAGGCCUGCCUUGUUUGCGCUAAACAUAAAGUCGACGUACUUAAACCUAGGAUUUGACCUCCUUGGACUUGUGUUAGUGAACGUCACUGGCACCACAUCUGAGGAAUACAUAACAAGUGCAAUCCUCCAUCCCCUGGGAAUUUCUCAGACAUCAUUUGCCAAACCACUGGACAGUGAGUCUGUUCCUCCUAAGGGAGAUUCAUGGUACUUCAACGUUGACUUGGGUGUGGAGAAACCCACCGGCGGAUUAUACUCUUCUUUGUAUGACAUGUCCGUUUUUCUCUGCUACAUCCUUGCCGAGUACAAAGACAUUGCGGAUGCAAAGCUGAAUUGGCUUCUAUCUGUGUCCUUCAUGGCGGGGAUGGGAAGUUUCUACGGCAUGCUGUGGGAGAUUUUCCGCACGGACAGAAUACUUCUCUCAGACGACAAGCGAAGGGCAAGGACAGUGAUGUUCUUUACUAAAGGCGGCGGUCUCCUGGGGUAUAGAACCCUCAUUGUCCUCGUGCCGGAAUAUGAUCUGGGUAUCAUGAUUCUCACUGCUGGAGACGAGACAUUCCUAGAUGUAUUACUGGAGAUGGUCGCCGUUCCACUGAUUCGUGCGGCUGAUGAGCUUGCUGCACGGCAGGUUAAGGAGACAUAUGUGGGGAGCUACACUUCUCCUUCUACCAAGGAGCAAACGGUCAACUCCACGCUGACACUAUCUUAUACAUCAACCCAUGGCCUCGAGAUCAACGAGUGGAUUUCAAAUUCCACAGAUGUGUUGAGCAUCAUAUCCAAGCACUUUCAAUCCUACAAGAACACAAGAUUCCACGCUCAGUAG